AUGCGCAGAACCAGCAAGAAGCCCAGCGUCAAGAAGCGCCAAAUUCCGGAAUACGUGAAAUUCUUUAGAGCAAACCGCGAAGCUCUCCGUUGUGCAGCUUCCUGGUCCUUGGAAUCGCUGCGGUGCCUCGGCUGCGGCGAGUCAUUCGCCGAACUGUCUCCACUGAACCCAAUCCGCGUCUCCGACGCCCACUUCUGCGAGCAGUGCGCCGCCCGAGACAGUUGCAAGUUGAAGGUUCCCCUUCACGGAGUCUCCGCGGUACUGAAAUCGGCCGAUCUCGUGCCCGGAAGGAUUGGUUAUGUGAUAGGUGCUAAGCUCGAUUUCCCGAAAUGUCCGGCGUGCAACGAGGAAUUUGGCUUCUCCGCCGAGCGCUUGCCGAUUGCUGUGACGUUGGCGAAGGUCCUCUGCGCAACCUGUCACAACAACACCACGCCCAAACCGCCGCGAUGCCUGGCCUCCACUCAAUUUUGGCUCGAGUUCCUGAUCGAUUUCGCGAGGGCCGCCUUUUCACGUCGAACCUUCCAAGAUAUCGGCAAGCCCGCCCCGAGCAUUGAUGAAGAAGCCUGUCAAGGACUCUGCGGAAAGAGCUUCCACUACGACGAUCUGCUCUUCUGCGCCGAUUGCCAGGCAAUCAUCUGCGGAUUAUGCCAAUUCAAAGCCCAUCGCAACCACAAGGAGAUCGAGCCGUUCAUGCUCCAAAAAUCGGCCCAAAUGAAGCUGGAGGUCCAGGGGAAACUGGAUAACAUUUAUGAAGGGCUGCCGAAAAAUGUCGAAUGGGCUCACGUGCACCUUUUCGCCUCGAUAAAAGGGCUGAUUUCGGCCUCGGAGAAAAGUCUGGAAACCCUGGAUGGUUGCGAAAAUUUCGAAAACGCCAAGGAGACGGUAGAAAAGGCCGAGAAAACGGCGGAGCAAUUUGAGAAGCUCUGCGAGACCUAUCUGUCGACGGUGCGGAUGUUGGACGAGAAGGUGAAGCAGAUGAAGGAGGGGCUCGAAACG